GCGCUCCGGCAACAAGUUCCUUCUCGCCAGGACCCUGGAUCAAAUUGCGACAGAAGUCACUCAUACGCCGAGGCCGCGGACCCGCCCUCUGCCAACUGGUCCUGUCGGAUGCGUCAGCGCAGGAUUCAUCCCCAAGAGGGGAUACUCGGCGCAUUCAGAUCAUGUCAUACUCGGCUGGCGGACGGGCAGCGAUGAUCUGCUGUCGGCCCUAAAGCCUUCCGGUUCAGCCCUUAUCGACAUGACCUGGCACGAGCAAGAAUAUGUCCACACCCUCCGGAACCCCCAGUACGGAGAGCUUCGCUGCUACGUGAUUGGUGGAAGGAUGAGUCGCGUUCUAAAGACGGUCCCAAUAGGAGAUAAAGAGCUUCAAUGCAGGGCCAUAGUUGGACUGCCGACCCUGCAAUAUUUAUUGGAUGAUCACAGAGGGCAGAACGUCGAUGACGAUACCGGUAAUGCAGGCAUGAGCGAGUUGGAAGGAUUCGUGCUCGCUACCCAUGCCGCGCUGGUGGAAAAGGAAAAGAAGACGCUGGGCUUGACGCGCACGGACUUGGAAGUGCUCUGUAGGAUCGAUGUUGGGGUUUGGAUGGCUGAGUCUGCUGCGCACUAUUUCGUGCUCGAGGUCGAGCGCGGACUUACCACCUGCAUGUUCGCUUUCGAGGACCCGGAGGGUGCUGCUGCCGACAUUGAAGAGGUAGCGGAAUUACUGCUGAAUUGGGUAGGGUAGUGCAUGUAUU